UUUCUGGUCGGUUCGGUGAUACUGAUUAUUAUCAAAGAUUGUUUACAAGAGAACCUACUUGUUUAUAAAAGCCAACAGAUCAAUAAUUCUAUUACUGUUAAAGAGGUUCAAAAAUAGUUCCAUAAAAUAUGAUGAUCAUUUUUCUUCUAUAACGUUCACGAGAAUUUCAAACAUUUGUCUUAGUCUUCAGUUUGAACUUUGAAGUUAUAACCUAGAACGCGUUUAAUUUAACUAGUACUAGUAAAGUAUUGAGCAAAAUGUUCCCGCAGCUGUCUGCCGGCAACGGCAACCCGAACAAGGACGUGGAGGUGAGCUCGCCGCCCGACGACACGGUGGCCGCGCUGGAGUUCUCGCCGCCCUCCGUGCCGCAGACCUUCCUCGUCGCCGGCUCCUGGGAUGGCAAGGUUCGAUGCUGGGAAGUAGAGGCUUCUGGAAAGACUGUGCCCAAAGCGGAGCAGGGCAUGGAUGGACCAGUCCUGGAUGUAGCCUGGCAUGAUGAUGGUACAAAAGUAUUUAUGGCCUCGGCAGAUAAAACCGUGAAGUGUUGGGAUCUAGCGAGCAACCAGACGGUUUUGAUGACGGGUCACGACGCGCCCGUCAAGACGUGCCACUGGGUCAAGGCUCCCAACUACACUUGCCUCAUGACCGCCUCCUGGGAUAAGACACUGAAGUUUUGGGACACACGCAGCCCGGGGCCCAUAAUGGGCCUGCCCCUGUCGGAGCGCUGCUACUGUGCAGACGUGGACUACCCCAUGGCGGCCGUGGGCACGGCCGACCGCGGCGUGUGCCUCUACUCGCUGGAGGGCAAGCCCAGCGAGGUGAAGCGCGUGGAGUCGCCGCUGAAGUACCAGCACCGCUGCAUCGCCAUCUUCCGCGACAAGAAGACCAAGCAGCCCACGGGCUUCGCGCUCGGCAGCGUGGAGGGCCGCGUGGCCAUCCAGUACGUGAGCCCCAGCAACCCCAAGGACAACUUCACGUUCAAGUGCCACCGCUCGCAGGGCGCGGCCGGCGGCUACCAGGACAUCUACGCCGUCAACGACAUCGCCUUCCACCCGGUGCACGGCACGCUGGCCACCGUGGGCUCGGACGGCUCCUUCUCCUUCUGGGACAAGGACGCGCGCACCAAGCUCAAGAGCUCCGAGCUGCUGGACCAGCCGCUCACCAAGUGCGCCUUCAACCACAGCGGCCAGAUCUUCGCCUACGCCGUCGGCUAUGACUGGUCCAAGGGUCACGAGAACUUCAAUCCAGCCAAGAAGAACUUCAUCUUCCUGCGGCCCUGCUUCGAAGAUCUCAAGCCACGAUCCACCUAAAUUAUAAAAUCUAAACACUACUAUUUUUAAGUGCUUCUUGUUAUUAUAAAGUUAUAAGUUUUUCACAAAAAUAUCUUUCAUUUAAAUAAAUUGAAUCACCAUUUCAAAAACUGCAUAAGUCACUCAAUUAGAAUUUUUCAGAAAUCAAUGAAAACUGUUAAGUAUACGAAUUUAGAAGGACUUUUUGUGCUGAAUGCAGUUUUUGAAAUUUAUAAGAUUGAAACAUGAAAUAAUCUUUAU